AUGCAAUCUCUCACUAGCAUGAUGGCUUGGAGUGACGAAUGGAGGUGCGCGCGGUUGCAAAUGUAUCUUCGCGACAAAGAGCUUUUUCAAGGAGAGGCUGUUAACGUGCAAGUGCGUGCGGACAUCAGGCCUGUAUCCAGCAGCUCGAAGACUCCUACUCCCAAAAACAUAAUCUCUAGCUCGAAGCAGCGAUGGAGUGAUCAUUGUGAAGGUGCUCAGGUACAGGUUCAGAUUGUGGACGUUUCAAGGAAAGACCCUCACGCAAGUAGCUUCUCAUCGUCUUUCACCACGUUGUUUCGUCAAGAAUCGCAGCUUCAAGUAUCAUAUGAUGAUUUAGACGAAAGAGCUUUUGUUGUAGCUCUUAAAACGCAGUUUAAACCCAAAAUCCGGCACGAAUUUUGGGGCCGUGAACUCCUGCUUAUCGUGCACAUCACACCCAAAAGCAGUAUAGUAAAGGCUCCUGGAGUUGGUGAAAAUACUGGGCAAUUGGAGCAACUUUCAAGGACGACCCCCGUGCUUCAAGAUGAUUGGGCCACAUCGCAGCUUUUGUCUCUUACAAGAAAGCAAGCUGAGCCAAUUCCUGAAUUGACUCGUCGUGUGGAACAGCGAAUUAAUAUCAUCAAAGCGUUGCAUUUUGAGGUUGAAAGGCGUGAGCUACCAGGACGACGUGUGGGAAUCUUGGCUCGAGCUUUUAAUGUUCACUUGACAAAGACAUUGGCCGUUAGAAGUUUAUACCUUCAUCUCGACGAAGUUCCACAACAUAAUGAGUCAGACAGAGGAGACAUAAGUCGCUUUCGCAUCGUCAGUGGCGAUCAAGUACCGUUUCCUGUUGUGCUCCAUCCGCAAGAAUGCUACAAUUUUCUUUACGUGCUCGAGUCUGUCGAAGAUAGCAAGCCAUUCGAGUUGCUCGAAGGAUCACAAUUUAAGCUCAGUGACAAGCAAGCAACAAGCACAACGCUUAAAAAAUUCAAACAACUCAAUUCUUUUCCGCAGCAUGCACUGUUAACACUCUCUUGGCAAGCCCACGGCAUUUUCAUGGAUGCUAUCACGGAACAUCGAGCAAUUGUAUUUUCCAUUAUGCGCUCAAUUUCCUCGCUUUCAAUCGAUGACAAAAGUUGGCAAGGUGACACUCAAAAGCUCAUAGCGCAACUAUUAGCAGGAAAUUCAACGCGAGAGUUGGACCCUCCUGCUGUUUUUAAGUUUGUGCGAGUGCUUCAGCACUCGGAGCUGAAGGUGCAAGUCGCUCCGCUCUCAUCCGCUAUAUCAGUCGGAACCCCAACCAACUUUCGUGCAACGAUAUCAAACCGCUCAGCACGAGUGAAUUUAGACUUGACGCUAGUUUUGCCCAUACAAGAUGAGAUUGGAACCGCUGGCCAUGGUUCCACGAUCGUAGGAUUCGAGACAUCACAUCGUCUAGGACUUAUCUGCCCGGUAGAAGGCACUGGAUUUAUUCGUCGUUCAAGUGGCUUUCAUCGAGCUGUGUACUCUCGAGAGUUCAUUCUAAACCACGGCUGCAAAAAAAUGGCUCGCCUGGCAAGCAAGAAGCUCUUGGCGAACGCGUAUUUAAUAGCAGAUGACAGCGACGACGAUGAGCGCAAAUCGUGGCUCUAUCGCUCAACAUUAGGCACUGAUGAAGAGGUCGUUGAUACAGGGACAAAUGUGUGUACUUGGUCUCAGCUGCACACACCAAUACCAUCUAGUGUGAAAAAUAUGGAAAAUGGUGAAGUUGUGGCUCGUAAAGAGCCAAGAGAAGUAGUGUUUCCGAUAGGAGCAGAAGAAGCUCGGCGGAAUCGCAGCGGUAAAUCGACACUGCCUCUUCUCAUUGGAUUUUCUAAUACUGAGGCGCUGAAAGCGCAACUACCUCGAAGCACCUCUGAUAAAUGGCAACGCGCUCUUGACAGCUCUACGGUCCAAAAAACGCGUAACAAUGAUGCAAGUUUUCAGCAAAAGGCGUGGUCACGGGAAAAAAUGCCGGCCCAUCAUAGAGACUGGAAGCUGGAGAGGAAUCUACAAGAUGAUGAAAGAACUAUCUCUGCUAAGAAAGCUCUGGGUGUAUCAAACCGAGAGCAUAAUGUGUUGUGUGAUCAUAAUCCUGGCGCAUUUACUGCUAAUCUAAAUCAGCGAAAGCCUGAGAGACAACUACAUGACUCGGCAGUCAGUACAAUGUCAGCAAGUUUGACAAGUGGAUUUGACCAAAGGUGGUAUCUCAAACGAAAGCUAGAGCGAUUGAUAGCUUUUGCGCGGAGGAGACCCACUGAGGCCGAUGUAGAGGGCUUGCAAUGUGAAUGGAAUUUGGGACAAAGGCGACCAAGCCUACACAUCAUGAAUACACUAUCAACUGAAGCAACCAAACCUGAACUGACCUGUACUUCAGCAAACAAAUUACCGGCCCUUAAAUCUCAUACAAUGAUAAUAACCCCUACUGCUUUAACUAUUGCCGAAAAAGAGAAACACCAAUGUAAAUGGGAUCUGGACGGAAUGCCACAUGAUGCUACUUCGGCGUGUAAUGAGGAGUAUGGGCACAAAACGAAGUCACAGAGGGCUGUUGCUGGUGGUGGCAUGAAUCAAUUUGUGGACUCGAUGGAAGCAAGACGUCGGAUUUGGGAUAUAGAUAGUAAGUUACAAUGGGAUGAUUUCCAUGUGAAGAAUACGUCGAAGCGGCAGCUUAGCGUGACACAUGACUUACCGACUUAUAAACAACCUGUUUUGACUGAAAUUAGUAUGGAUGCAAACAAGGCUGACCUAAUGUACUGCACAAUACCAAGUUUUACUGCAAAAAGCCUAAGUGUGUUUCCUAUAAAGUCUCUAGCUCGUGUUUAUGACAUAGUGCGUUCUUACUGCAUUGCCACAUAA